UGCAUCAAUUGGAUUGAAUAUAACUGAGACAUUGUUUAUAAGAAUACGAAAUUGCCAUCAAAAUAAACCUUAUAAAAAGUUUGUAACAAGGCAAUGCAGUUGGAUGAGUUCAAUGUCUACAGUUUUUCUAGGAAAAAAUAAAAGUCGAAUAUAACUUCGAAAUAAUUUAGGCAACUAUGAGUGGAAGCAGUCCUCUAACACAAGAAGAUGACAGCAGUACUGUUAUUAAUGAGUUCCAGCGUCUGCAUAGUCCUAAAAUUGAUUAUUCUAGUAUUUGUGGGAAGAAAGUCUUGGUAAGUCCAACAGAAGUACAGUUCGAACUGCUAAAAAAGAGGCUAGAAGAGCGCACAGAAGACUGUCGUGGUGAAACAAUAUAUGAAAUCGGUAUAGGGGAAGAUGGCAGCGACAAUGGCUUGGAUGAGGACGAGUAUCGCGCUUCGGUCGCUACAUUGCAAUCGUUAGCCACAACAAUCGAUUCUGAUGUAGUUUUACUGAGGCAGAGAAAAGUUGAAAAGGGAUUAGCAGGCCAGUAUUUGAUAAGGAAACGUGUCGAUACUUCAGAUUUCAUGGAAAUUCGUGUUGCUGUGGUUGGAAAUGUGGAUGCAGGAAAAUCUACUUUGCUCGGAGUUCUAACGCAUGGUGAAUUAGAUAAUGGGCGUGGGCAUGCUCGCCAGCGAUUAUUUCGGCACAAACACGAAAUGGAAACUGGACGUACUAGUUCUGUGGGGAAUGAUAUAUUAGGGUUCGAUAGUGUUGGGAAUGUAGUUAACAAGCCUGAUCAUGGCACUCUUGACUGGGUUAAGAUUUGUGAAAAAUCCGCCAAAGUUAUUACUUUUAUUGAUUUGGCGGGGCAUGAACGCUAUUUGAAAACAACAGUAUUUGGUAUGACAGGACAUGCCCCGGAUUUUGGAAUGCUAAUGAUUGGCGCCAAUGCUGGAAUUGUUGGUAUGACAAAAGAGCAUUUGGGAUUGGCAUUAGCAUUGUCGGUACCAGUAUUUGUGGUCGUUACAAAAAUUGAUAUGUGCCCUCCUAAUGUUUUACAAGAUAACUUAAAAUUGCUUUUUAAAAUAUUAAAGUCCCAGGGUUGUCGUAAAGUACCAGUAAUGGUAAAAAGUUCAGAUGAUGUUGUGUUAAGUGCCACAAACUUUGUUUCUCAGCGUUUGUGUCCAAUUUUUCAAGUUUCCAAUGUUACUGGAGAAAAUUUGGAGUUACUAAAAAUGUUUUUAAAUUUGUUAACAACCCGAAUGACCGGGCAAGACAACUUGCCCGCUGAGUUUCAAAUUGAUGACACCUAUUCAGUGCCUGGUGUUGGCACAGUGGUUUCUGGAACUUGCCUUCAAGGUCUAAUAAAACUGAAUGAUACCCUUAUGCUUGGGCCAGACGCAUUGGGUAAUUUUAUACCGAUUGCUGUAAAAAGCAUCCAUCGCAAACGAAUGAAUGUUAAAGAAGUGCGUGGGGGUCAAACUGCUAGUUUUGCAUUAAAGAAGAUAAAAAGAUCUCAGAUACGUAAAGGAAUGGUAAUGGUUAGUCCAGAAUUAAAGCCUCAAGCAUGUUGGGAGUUCGAAGGGGAAAUUCUAGUUCUUCAUCAUCCUACAACUAUAUCUUCCCGUUAUCAAGCCAUGGUACACUGCGGAAGUAUUCGACAAACAGCAUCCAUCAUCAAUAUGUCUAAGGAUUGUCUACGUACUGGCGACAAAGCUCAUGUAAUGUUUCGUUUCAUUAAACAUCCAGAGUACAUUCGAGUUGGGCAAAGAAUGGUUUUUCGAGAAGGUCGAACUAAAGCAGUGGGAAACGUUUUGAAACCAAUAACAAAUUCGGUUGCUUUACAACAUCGAUCUAAACCGAAUAAAAUGCAAGGGCGCGGCCAAAGUCAUAGCCAAACUAAUUCAAACGCAGAACCACAAAAUCAAAAUCAAAACCCCAAUGUUCAAGCGGCAAUAUUAAAAAAUGAGAUAAAACAAAGUUUUGAUGGAGUGCUUGAGACUUGUGUUGAUAAACGCGAUAUCCGUGGUUCAAAGCACCAGAAACGCAAUUCUUCCCACGCUGCCAUACCAGUAAGUGGGUUAAGUAUGGGAAGCUCUUUAAGUGAUUUACAGACCCAAGCCAACAGCUCUAACAUUGCUGUCAAAAAAUAAAAUUACCACAUCGGCUAUUAUUUGUAUUAAUUUAUUUUGCUCUUCAUUUAAAUAAAGUCGAU